AUGUGGUCGAGAACGGUGAAGUCCUCUCUGGAGGAGAACAAGCCAUCCGAGAACACCACCGACCAGGAACUACAACAUCCUUACUUUCACUUCUCGCCAUCAAUCAAUCAUAGUAUCAUCUCUAGCAAAGAAUGGUGCUCAUUAUCUUCCUCGACAUCAGCCAUUUCUUUCUCCGUUUCGAGUAAUACCGAGGUCAUAGAAGACCAACCUGACUUCCCCGACGGUGGCCCCUGGGCCUGGGCGCAAGUCCUCGUCGCGUUCCUCGUCCACAUGGUCGCUUGGGGCUACCCGGCCACCUUUGGCGUUUACCAGCUCCAUUACGUCGACACACUGGGGCUACCCUCGUCUCCAGUUUCGUGGAUCGGUUCGACUCAGACGUUUCUCACCCUCGCCACCUGCACGCUCUCCGGCGGGCUGGCUGACGCAGGGAAAAUCAGGACGGCGAUGUUCUCCGGGUUCGUAAUGGUGGUUCUCGGCACCUUCAUAACGAGCCUGUGUGUCGAAGACGGGAUCAGCGACAACGUCAGGCACUGGAUGAUCUUCUUGGCCCAAGGGAUCCUUACAGGAUUUGGGUUAGGCAUGUGCUUCAUGCCGCCGCUGGCGGUGGUGAACUCGUACUUUAGCAAGGAGAAGCGGUCGAUUACCUUGGCGCUGUCGGCGGCAGGGACUGGAGUCGGAAGCAUAUUGUUCCCGGCUAUCAUACGGAAACUGACUCCCCAGAUCGGCUUCGCGUGGGCGGUCCGCUGCCAGGCCUUUGUGGCGCUGGCGAUCUCUGUAAUUGCGCUGGCCCUUGUCAGGCCAAGGCUAGACCCCAGACAAGGCGGACAUUUCGUUGACUGGAAAGCAUUCAAGGAGACUCCUUAUAGGCUCUUCGUCGUAGGCGCUGGGUUAUUCUUUUUCGCCAUCUUUUUUGUAUUCUUUUAUAUCAGCACCUACGCCCACAACAUCGUCCACUUCCCAACUACUUCAUCCAUCGACCUGCUUCUUAUAGUCAACGGCGUGUCGGUUAUCGCCCGUUCGUUAGUCGUCUACAUAGCCGAUCGCCAUAUCGGCCCCAUCAACACCAUCUGCAUCAGCACUUGUGUCUUGUCCUGCACGCUCUUCUCCUGGAUGGCCGUCCAGUCGCGCGCAGGCAUGUACGUCUUCUCCGCCUUCCUUGGGCUGUCCACCGGCGCGGCUCAGGGCAUCUACAACGGUGCGAUGUCCAGCUUGAUCAAGGACCCACAUAGGUUCGGGACGAGGUUGGGCAUGGUCAACACAAUUGCAGCGUUUGCCGCGUUGGGGGGCCGCCGGCGGCCGGGGCAAUUAUUGGUCAUGAGGGCGGAAAGUUUAAAGGGGCGCAGGUGUGGGCAGGCUCGAUGGUGUUAG